CCCCUUUCGAAGUCUACGUUACAUCGAAUACCCUGUAUUGUUCGUCCUCGUCAGAAGCGUCCUUCUCUACAGGAUUUCUUCUUUCUUCUCCUAACAUUUACAAUCUGUUCAAGUGAUUUUAAGACUGUUAGCCCUUUUCCAGUCGAACUCCAUUUCUACUCUUCUGUAUAUUUUGUACAUCGGAAAAAAUGGAGGGUUCGCAAGAAACACAUCAUUACAUCCGGGAAUCGACCGAGCAAUCGAUUGAACUCCCUGUGCCAAGAAGCACUCUGGAGUUGAAACUCCAAUGCUCCGAACAAGCUCUUCUUGCCCUGCGUGCUCAGUAUCUUUGUUUACGGUCAAAGCUAAAUGAAAAGGACCAAAUCAUUGAACGCGCUAGGGCGGAAUCUUGUAUGAAUGCUACUGCGAUGAAGAAAUUUGUGGAGGAGAAUCAGAGACUCGCGAAGGAAUGCUCUAAUCUGUUGUCACAAUGCAAGAAGUUGGAGAGGGAGUGUUCGUUAUACGAAAACGACAGGGAAGCGCUGAUGGAUUUCGGGAACGAAGCAGACCAAAGGGCCAAGACUGCAGAGAAUCGUAUCAGGGAGUUAGAGAUAGAGGUGGAAGACUUGUCUGAGGAUUUACAGUUCCAUAAGCGUCAUUUAGCUCAAAAGGAAGCUCAGAUGAAGGUUGAUACGUGUAGAGAAGAUGAUUGUAGGGAAGAACAAAGUCUGGUAGAUUCCUUAUUGGAAACUGUAGGUGUCAAAGUUGAAGAUCCAUCAGCAAGAACACUAGCUUUUCUAGAGUCCAAUAGCAGUUUUGAUUCUUCUUUCCAAACUCUGUUAAAAUUGCGGGAUAGAUUGAGGCCAUCAACACGCAGUGUUGUUGUUCUGGCGGCUGAAGCCUUGGCUUUGAGAAAAGACAAGGAAUACUUGUUGAAUAACCUUCUUAGAGCAGAAGAUGAGGUGAAAGUUAUUUUUGAAGAAAACAAUAUUCUGGAGAAGGCAAAUAAGAAGCUAACAAUCAAACUCCACCUUAAAGAGGGCAACAUUUCUUCAAAGGGGAACAAGAGAAAAUCGAGCCCCUUGAAAAGAUGCCCCAUUGAGCUGGAUGAUGUGGAUUUGUUGUCAAGGCAGCCCUUAUCAUCACCCCUAAGGGAAAAUUAGAAUGAGAGUUUUGUGUAUGAAAAC